AUGGGGAAGGACCAGGAGCUGCUGGAAGCUGCCCGCACUGGAAAUGUGGCUCUGGUCGAGAAACUCCUGUCUGGCAGGAAAGGAGGGAUCCUGGGCGGUGGAUCUGGACCCUUGCCCCUGUCUAAUCUGCUAAGCAUCUGGCGAGGCCCCAAUGUGAACUGCACAGACAGUUCGGGUUACACUGCUUUACACCAUGCAGCCUUAAAUGGACAUAAGGACAUAGUUCUCAAACUACUUCAGUAUGAGGCAUCAACAAAUGUAGCAGACAACAAAGGUUAUUUUCCCAUUCACCUGGCUGCCUGGAAAGGAGAUGUAGAAAUUGUGAAGAUUCUUAUUCAUCAUGGACCAUCACAUUCCAGAGUCAAUGAACAGAACAAUGAAAAUGAAACUGCCCUGCACUGUGCGGCUCAAUAUGGACACUCAGAAGUAGUUGCUGUUCUCCUAGAAGAGCUCACUGAUCCUACCAUCAGGAACAGUAAGCUAGAAACACCUUUGGAUCUGGCAGCACUCUAUGGGCGACUUAGGGUGGUCAAAAUGAUCAUCAGUGCACACCCUAACUUAAUGAGCUGCAACACUAGAAAGCACACGCCGCUCCACCUCGCUGCUCGCAAUGGUCACAAAGCAGUCGUUCAGGUGCUAUUGGAAGCGGGAAUGGAUGUGAGCUGUCAGACAGAAAAGGGGAGUGCACUUCAUGAAGCAGCUUUAUUUGGAAAGGUGGAUGUUGUGAGAGUUCUGUUAGAAACAGGAAUUGAUGCCAACAUAAAGGAUAGUUUAGGUAGAACUGUCUUAGACAUUCUGAAAGAACAUCCAUCUCAGAAAUCUCUCCAGAUUGCAACACUCUUACAAGAAUAUUUGGAAGGUGUGGGAAGAUCAGCAGUCCCUGAAGAGCGUGUACAAGAAGAUACAACACAAGAAAUACAUAUUUCAUCUCCUGUUGAGUCUCCUUCCCAAAAGACUAAGAGUGAAACUGUGACUGGAGAAUUAUCAAAACUCUUGGAUGAAAUAAAACUCUGUCAAGAAAAGGAUUAUUCUUUUGAAGAUUUGUGCCACACAAUAUCAGACCACUACUUAGAUAAUUUGAGCAAGAUUUCAGAGGAAGAACUUGGGAAAAAUGGAAGCCAGAGUGUAAGAACUUCAUCUACAAUAAAUUUGUCACCAGGAGAAGUGGAAGAAGAAGAUGAUGAUGAAAACACUUGUGGGCCCUCAGGACUCUGGGAAGCAUUAACUCCUUGUAAUGGAUGUAGGAACCUUGGCUUCCCCAUUCUUGCACAGGAGUCCUAUCCAAAGAAGAGGAAUUACACUAUGGAAAUUGUACCAUCUGCUUCUCUGGAUACAUUUCCUUCAGAAAAUGAGAACUUUCUAUGUGAUCUCACGGACAUAGCUGUUACAAAAAAACCAUGCUCCUUAGAAAUUGCAAGGGCCCCUUCUCCAAGAACUGAUAAUGCGUCUGAGGUAGCAAUUACCGCUCCAGGAAGUAGUAACCAUAGAAACAGCUCGACAGGGCCAACACCUGACUGCUCACCUCCAUCCCCUGACACUGCCCUCAAAAAUAUCGUAAAAGUUAUUCGACCCCAGCCUAAACAACGAACAUCUAUUGUGUCUUCUCUGGAUUUUCAUCGAAUGAAUCACAACCAAGAAUAUUUUGAAAUCAACACAUCUGCAGGGUGUGCAAGCUUUACUUCCAGCCCUCCUGUUAGUCCACCCACCUCUUCUGUUGGAACCACAGAAGUCAAGAACAAGGGAACUGGCCAUUCAGAUGACCCUUCUCAACAGGAGGACAGCGAUCCUCCAAAAGAAUAUGAUCCUGGGCAAUUCGCAGGCCUUCUCCAUGGAUCCUCUCCAGCCUGUGAGUCCCCUGAAAAUCCAUUUCAUCUCUAUGGGAAAAGAGAUGAAUGUGAAGAAGGACAAGAUGAAGUCAGUUUGGCAAAUAGUCCUUUGCCUUUCAAGAAGUCUCCAAUAGCAAAUAACUCAGAAGCUUCGGUAAAGAAAAUUAAACCCAAAGUGGUCAGUCGAACAAUUUUUCACAAAAAAAGCAACCAACUUGAAAACCAUACCAUUGUUGGCACAAGAACAACUAGGAGUGGAUCCCGGAAUGGGGACCAGUGGAUUAUGAACACAGGAGGAUUUGUGGAGAGAGCCUGUACCUUGGGGCGAAUAAGGUCAUUGCCAAAAGCCCUGAUUGAUAUGCAUUUAUCAAAAAAUGUCUCUAAAUCGGAUUCUGAUCUCAUUGCAUACCCUUCAAAUGAGAAAACAUCAAGAGUUAACUGGAGUGAAUCUUCUACUGCCGAACAUACUUCUAAAAGGAAUUCUGAAAGAACACCAUCCUUCACUUCUGAAUGGGAAGAAAUUGACAAAAUAAUGAAUUCCAUAGAUGUUGGAAUUAACAGUGAACUUAAAGAAAUGAAUGGUGAGACCACAAGACCCAGAUGCCCCGUCCAAACAGUGGGACAAUGGUUGGAAAGCAUUGGGCUACCUCAGUACGAGAACCACCUGAUGGCUAAUGGAUUUGACAAUGUACAGUUUAUGGGAAGCAAUGUUAUGGAAGAUCAGGAUUUGUUGGAAAUUGGAAUCCUUAAUUCUGGGCACAGACAAAGAAUUCUACAGGCAAUCCAGCUUCUUCCAAAGAUGAGACCCAUUGGCCACGAUGGCUAUCAUCCCACUUCUGUUGCUGAGUGGCUGGAUUCCAUUGAACUAGGUGACUACACCAAAGCCUUUCUAAUUAAUGGCUACACAUCGAUGGACCUGUUGAAAAAAAUCUGGGAGGUUGAACUUAUUAACGUUUUAAAAAUCAAUUUGAUUGGCCACAGGAAACGUAUUUUGGCAUCUCUGGGAGACAGGCUGCACGACGAUCCACCCCAGAAACCCCCUCGGUCCAUCACCCUCAGGGAUCCCAGUGGUAAUCACACUCCUCCUCAGUUGUCUCCAUCACUUAGCCAAAGCACUUACACCACUGGUGGCUCCCUAGACGUUCCUCACAUUAUCAUGCAGGGCGAUGCAAGGAGGAGAAGAAAUGAAAACUACUUUGAUGAUAUUCCCCGAUCAAAACUGGAGAGGCAGAUGGCCCAGACAGGAGACUGGGGAGAACCUUCCAUUACCUUGCGACCUCCAAAUGAAGCCACAGCCUCAACUCCAGUACAAUACUGGCAACACCACCCAGAAAAGCUCAUCUUCCAAUCGUGUGAUUACAAAGCUUUUUAUUUAGGUUCCAUGCUGAUAAAAGAGCUCAGAGGGACAGAAUCAACCCAAGAUGCCUGUGCAAAAAUGCGGGCUAACUGUCAGAAGUCUACAGAGCAAAUGAAGAAGGUCCCCACUAUAAUUCUUUCAGUCUCUUAUAAAGGAGUCAAAUUUAUUGAUGCAACAAAUAAGAACAUAAUUGCUGAGCAUGAAAUUCGUAAUAUCUCCUGUGCUGCCCAGGACCCGGAAGACCUCUCAACAUUUGCUUAUAUCACAAAAGAUUUGAAGUCCAAUCACCACUACUGUCACGUGUUUACUGCCUUUGAUGUGAAUUUAGCCUAUGAAAUCAUCCUAACACUGGGUCAGGCAUUUGAAGUUGCUUACCAACUCGCACUACAAGCAAGAAAAGGGGGGCAUUCCUCUACACUUCCAGAAAGCUUUGAAAACAAACCCUCCAAACCCAUCCCCAAGCCUCGUGUCAGCAUUCGCAAGUCGGUGCAGAUCGACCCAUCUGAGCAAAAGACUCUGGCCAAUCUGCCGUGGAUUGUGGAGCCGGGACAAGAAGCCAAGAGAGGAAUUAAUACCAAGUAUGAAACCACAAUUUUCUGAUACUCACCAUCCUCCUGUCCUCGCGGUGCCUUGCACGCUGAGCAGUCCCGGAGCAGGCUUCCCUUCGCGCCUCAGUUUCCACCCAGCCCAGGAGGAAGACUGCUCUGUUUGUGUGGCCUUGUCACAGGCGAAAGGCCGCUGGCCAUUCCUGGGGACGUUCUUUCUGCACCAGUGACAGAAAGUAUGCAACCAAGACUUUCCAGCCGUAACCCCUGAGAGGCAUGAGUUGAGAUUUUUCGCUGACUCUCCUGACUCCCCUCCCUGCCACCACCCAAGGUAUUUCUAAUGACUCUGCCCCCAACACUGCUUUGCUGAAUUUGGGGAUAAUACCUUAAAAAAAAAAAAAAAAGGUAGGGGAUCUCUAAUACUGUCUAAAAGUAUAAAAAUCUUGGAUUUUUCACAGCAGUUUUAAAGGUAGAAUCAGAACAGAACUACCCCCAUAAAAUACCUGUAAAAUCAUAUCACUGAGCAUCAUUUCAUGCAUAAGGACAAAACCACCCCCAUGAUUGCCAGGAAAUCCUGUUUCCCAAUUUCUAUAUUUGUGGAUUUUAUAUGUAAUCAGCCAUGUCAGAUAAAGAAAACAUUUACAUCUAUGGAUUGAUUAGAAAUUUAAGAAUGAUUCAAAACAGAGGAAUUUAUUAUGCACAGAAAAAUGUGUCUUGUAUUAAAUAUUUUUAUUAAAAGAAUGUUUCAUUACUGCACUGAUAAGAAAACUAGGUUAGUUGUGAGGGAUGUUUCUGGAUUCAUUUCAAGUAACUAAAUUUUUACUGCUACCACUAAGAGGACUGGCUUGGGUGUGGCAAAGUGCUGAUGACACUCCCCAGAGCAGGAGAUUAGGGCAAGCAGACUGGCAUCCAACCGAAAGUGCUGACGCAGCCAUAAGCUGCAAAGAUUGUUUUUUUUUUUAACCUUCACAGUGUUUUAAAGAAAACGUUAAAAAAAAAAAAAAACUAGGGCUCCUGCUGUCAAGAUUUCUGUCAUGGAAACCUUGUUUGAGAAAGGUGUUAGUAAAAUUCUAUUGCAAAAAUUUUUUUCUAGAAAAAAAAUACAAAAAAAAAAAAAAAAGAGAGAGAUUCCAAAGUAAUAAAACUCUUUUCUUGAAACAAAUAAAUGUUUGCUUACUAUUUGAUUAAAUAAAAUUUACUUACAUUUCUUUAAGGUAUUUUAAUUUUUUUAAUGUCUCUGUGGAGUAUUUGUAUGAUUCCAUAAUGUAUAUUUAUGUAGAAUCAAAUUAUAUAAACAGUACCGAUAUCAUUAUAGAAAAAAUAACAUUUUAACGUAUAUUGUUCUAACUGAUCAUAUUGUGAAUCAUUUUGAAGUUCAUUAUAGCGCUACUGAUAAAUUGUGGGAUUGUCUUAAUGUUUUUUUUUUAUUAACCAAUAUUAUUUCAAACCUGAGGAUUAUUAGUUAUUCAUCAGUUGGUGAGUUUUAAAGAAAGAUAAUUAAAUUUUAUUUCAAACUGACAAAUGUAUAUGGAUUUAGUUCAAUGUUGAAGAAUUUUAAUACAAUAUUAAAUUACUUGACCUGAA